CACUCUCCCUCAAAAAAAAAUCUUUUUUGCAGAUGCAGUGCCAGAGGCAAAUAGGAAAACUGAGGCAUUAUAAAAGAGUGUGUUAUAGCACACUGGUGCCAUCUGAUGAAGUAACUAUUAAUUACAGACAUGGUCUUCCUGUGAUAACUGUUAUGUUACCCUCAAGAAAAGAGCGCUGCCAGUUUACUGUCAAGCCAAUGUUAACAACCGUGGGGACCUUCCUGCAGGACAUACAGAAAGAAGAUAAAGGAAUCGAGAAGGCAGAAAUCUUUACAAAUGAUGGUAGCAAGAUUUCUACUAAAACACUGGUGGAAAUGUUAUUGAUGAAUGAUUUUAAAUUGGUCAUUAAUGAUAUGACAUACAGUGUAAAAGUCCCUAUAAAAGAUAAGUUAAGUAGUGAGCAUGCUACUGAAAUGGAAGAUGUCAAAUCCUUGGUUCAGAGACUGUUCACGGCCCUGCAUUUAGAAGACCAUCAGAUAAAGAGGGAGAGAGAACUGCUACUGAAACUGGACCAUCUGAAGGAACAGCUGAUACCCUUUGAACAGAUGAAAGCCAGAAUCACAAAAAGUGCAGAUGCAAGGACCUCAAGGCUCUUGUGGAUUGGCUUAGCACUAAUGUCCACUCAGGGUGGAGCCCUGGCCUGGCUCACAUGGUGGGUCUAUUCCUGGGAUAUAAUGGAGCCAGUCACAUACUUCAUCACUUAUGGGAGUGCCAUGGCCUUCUAUGCUUACUUUGUACUUACUAAGCAGGACUAUGUUUACCCAGAUGUUAAAGACCGUCAAUUCCUUCACUGCUUCUACAGGAAAUCCAAAAGCCAGUAUUUCGAUGUGGAGCAAUAUAACAAAUUAAAAGAGGAUCUGGCAGAGGCUGAAGAAUCCCUGAGACGCCUGCGUCAGCCCCUACACCUGCGUCUUCCAAUCCAGGAAAUACAUGACAAAGACUAACAGGCGUUUCUCUCUCUCUUUUCUUUUUUUAAUAUAACUGAAUGCCCUUCCAGAAUUGAUUAAAACCUUUAGUUUUACAGAAUGGGAAAACUGGAUAUUUUUGACCACUAUAGUUUUGAAAAUUACAAUAAAUGUUGUUGAGACUAUUAGAUGGUUGAGGGGUUUUUUUUAUAAU